AUUCCCCAUGUGGCCGUGACGCGGUCCGCUCAAAGUCCACCGUGGACCACUUCACCACCUCCUCUAGUCCGUUCCGUUCUCUCCCACCACGCCGCAACCGAUCCCGCAGUUACCACCUCGCUCCGCCGCCGCUGCCGGGCCGCCCCGAGUCCCCGACCGCCUGAGGAAGUCAGGAAGCACCCCCCCCCUCCCCCGCCGACCCGGCUCGCGGCCCCGCCCGCCCGGAUCUGACGGCUCGCUUCCGCACGCGGGGAGGUGCGGAGCCUUCGUCAGGGCUCCGGGAUGGCGGCGCCGCCGGCGAGGGCCAGGGCCGACUACGACUACCUCAUCAAGCUGCUCCUCAUCGGCGACAGCGGUGUUGGGAAAAGUUGUCUCCUUUUACGGUUCUCAGAUGGCUCCUUCACCACUAGCUUUAUCACCACCAUUGGGAUCGACUUCAAAAUAAGAACAAUUGAGCUUGAUGGUAAACGCAUAAAGUUGCAGAUCUGGGAUACUGCUGGCCAAGAACGUUUUCGAACUAUUACAACUGCCUACUACAGGGGUGCAAUGGGCAUUUUGCUCGUCUAUGAUGUCACCGACGAGUCGUCGUUCAAUAAUAUAAGAAACUGGAUUAGGAACAUUGAGCAACAUGCUUCUGACAAUGUGAAUAAAAUUUUGAUUGGCAACAAAGCCGACAUGGAUGAAAGCAAACGGGCUGUACCAACUUCUAAAGGGCAGGCUCUUGCUGACGAGUAUGGCAUCAAGUUCUUUGAAACGAGUGCAAAGACCAACUUGAAUGUGGAGCAGGUUUUCUUUUCAAUAGCAAGAGAUAUCAAGCAAAGGCUAGCGGAAACCGACUCAAAGCCAGAGGAGCGUACGAUCAGUAUUAACAGACCUGAGGACGCUUCGGCGCCACAGAAGUCAGCAUGCUGCGGGUCCUGACUCCUGACUCCUGAUUGGGUUAUGUUGUCACACGGAAGAUAAGAUAGUGGUGAUACCAUGCUUGUAAUUUACCCUUUUACCCUUUUCUCUGGCUGGCUGUCAUCAUGUGCCUUGUCCGCAAUCGCCUGGGUUCAGAUUUCUGUGUUUCAUUGUGAACAAUUUUAGCUACAAUACUGGUAGAAAUGCAAUUGGUCUCGAGUCAAUGUUCUGGUGUGUGCAAAACUGCAAAUCUAUUGUGAGACCAUUUCAUUUCUAAUCAAUAUAUACACAUAAUUUUGUCCUGGUGAUUA